AUGGCCAGCAGCAUUAACAUCAGCAUCAGCAGCAUCAGCAUCAGCAUCAUGAUCAGCAACAUCAGUAUCAGCAUUAUCAGUAUCAGCAUCAUCAGCAUCAUCAGCAUCAUCAGUGUCGUAGUCAACAAUUCAGCAGCAGCAUCAGCGUCAUCAUCAGCAUCAUCACCAUCAUCAACAGCAACGUCAUCAGCGUCAUCAGCAUCAGCAUCAUCAGCGGUCAGCAUCGUCAACAGCAUAAACAACGGCAUCGGCAUUGGCAGCAUCAGCAUCAGCAUUAGCAUCAGCACCAUCAGCAUUAGCAUCAGCAGCAUCAGCAGCAUCAGCAUCAGGGUCAGCAGCAUCACAACGUCAGCAGCGUCAGCAGCAUCAGCAUCAGCAUCAGCAUAAGCAGCAGCAUCAUCAGCAUCAUUAUCGUCAUCAUCAGCAUCAUCAGCGUCAUCGUCAGCAUCAUCAGCGUCAUGAGCAUCAUCAUCAGAAUCAUUUGUGUCAUCAGCAUCAUCUGCAUCAUUAGCAUCAGCAUCUUCAGGAUCAGUGUCAUCAGCGUCAUUAGGAUCUGCAGCAUCAUUAGCGUCAGCAACGUUAACAGCGUCAGCCGCGUCAGCAACGUCAGCAGCGUCAACAGCAUCAGCAGCGUCAGCAGCGUCAGCAGCAUCAGCAGCCUUCAGCAACAUCAGCAUCAGUGUCAGCAGCAUUAGUAUCAGUAACAUCCACAUCAGCAGCAUCAGCAUCGCAACAGCAGUUUCAGCAUCAGAUUCACCAGCAUCAGCACUAUCAUCAUCAGCGUCAAUUUCAGAAUCAUCGGCGUCAGCAGCUUCAUCAACGCCAGCGUCAGCAUUAGCAUCGUCAGUGACAGCAGCAACAUUGUCAGCAGCAUCAUAAGCAUCAGCUUCAUCAGCAUCAGAAUCAUCAGCAUCAACAGCAUAAUCAUCAGUGUCAUCAUCAGCGUCAUCAGCGUUAGCAACAUUAUCAACGUCAGAAGUAGCAUCAUUAUCAGCGUCAUAAGCGUCAGCAUCAGUGUCAUCAGCGUCAGCAGUAUCAUCAUCAGCGUCAUCAUCAGCAUCAUCAACGUCAGCGUCAUCAUCAGCGUCAUUAGCGUCACCAACAUUAGCAUCGUCAGUGUGUGCAUAAGCAUCAUCAACGACAGCAGCAGCAUCGU